AUGUGGAUGAAUGUUCCAGCGGAUUGGACAAUUGUGGCAGUAAAUCUCAAUGUAUCAACACCAUUGGGAGUUUUUCAUGCAGAUGUAACCAUGGUUAUACCGGAAAUGGCGUGACUUGCACUGGUAGGUGAUGCAAUCUGGCAAGUCAAUACUGCAAUGUGCUUUUUUCUUCAUUUCUUAUAUUUGUAUAUAGACAUCGAUGAAUGUUCCCUAUCUAUUGACAACUGUCGCCAAAACUCAAGCUGCAUCAACACUUAUGGAUCUUUUUCCUGCAGUUGUGAUAGUGGAUAUUCUUGGAAUCGGACAAUUUGCGAAGGUAUAAAACAUUUGCAAUAUUACGUCUAAAAGAUAAAUUUCCAUUAUUGUAAUUAAGAAACUAACCGUCUACAAAAUUAUUUUGACAUAUUUUAGAAUUGUGAGACAUCAUUGUACAUUUUCCCCAAUUUUUAAAUUUAUACUUGCAAUUAUGAUUAAAUGCGGUAACUGGAUUUAAUUCGUUUUGCAGCGAUAUCUCUCAGGUUACAAGGCCCAUCAAGUCAACGUGGUAAAGGCCGUGUGGAAGUAUUCUACAGAGGACAAUGGGGAACAAUAUGUGAUGAUAGUUGGGAUAUAAACGAUGCUGCAGUUGUAUGUCGUCAGCUUGGUUAUCUAAAUGCUUAUGCAGCUCUUGGAGGGAACUCUGUUCCCGAUGGUUCUGGCAAGAUUUGGUUAGAUGAG